AUGGUCAAAUUCUACGAGACCUCCUACGAUUACUCCUACUCCUUCCCCGCCGUUACCCUCGCAUACUUCCUUCGAUACCCAAAUCCAUACAGCACGCACGUGCUAUCGACCGAUGUCAUCUCGCGAUCUAUAGAUGAAGAUGGACGUUUGCAAACGAUGCGCGUUCAUCGCAAAUCAUCGCGUCUGCCAUCUGCGGUGUUGAAGCUGUUGCCGAAAAGUGUACUGGGCAACGUUAGCGGUGGCAGGUCGGAAAGCUUCAUUCUCGAGACGAGUACGAUUGAUGUAAAAGAAGGCUGGAUGAAGACCGAAAGCAAAAACUUGGAUUGGACGGGAAUACUCAGCGUGGUCGAACGGCAGGAAUAUAGAAGGCAGAUUGCUGCUGACGAGGACGAUGAUCUCAAUGUCGAGAAAGGCACCACUGGCGUCACAACAACUGUCAUGUUUAAGAGCCGACUAGGCGAUCGAUUGAGAGCAAGAGCUCAGCGAAAGGGCGAGGCUGCCGCUGCGGAUGCAGAAGAGGAGCCAAAGAAGAGUUUCCUAGCCAGUUGGAGCAAGUCUGGGAUUCAACGCAGCAUCGAGGCGAUUGCCAGUCGAAAAACAGAAAGUCAAAUGGGACAUGCGAAAGAAGGAAUGACAGUCGUGCUUGAGAGGAUGCGAAGAGGUGGAUUGGUUGGUGUGCUCGAGGGAAUGCGACAAGAUAGAGCACUGGUGUACAAUCCGGAGUCCAGCGCGUGA